GAGGGGAGAAUUCACACUGCACUGAGCUGGAGAGGUGUUAGCAAGCUCAGAGCUGGACAAUAACACUGCACCAGCAGAGCAAGUCCUCUCUGACAAGUAAUACCAGAGACUCACAAAGAGGGCUCUGCUGGGAGUGUGAGGGGCUCUCCUCCUGAUUUUGCUGGGAGUGUGGCUGGACCUGCACAGGACUAUUCUUUGGGCUGCUGUGCAGAGAGUAGGACUUGUUCUGCAAGGAUCUCCCAAGACCUCUGCUCUCACAUGUGAAGGAGCCUGAGCAGCACAUUGUUACCUGGGAUUAUUACUACAUUUUAAGAAGAAAGUGGGUGCAAGGAUGGAGCCCAGAUACCUGGCAUUCUACUUGACUCUUUUCUGCUGCUUUUUGGGGAAUGUGUCAUGUUUUGGAGAUGAAGAGGAAAGGCGCUGUGACCCCAUCAGGAUUUCCAUGUGCCAGAACCUUGGUUACAAUGUAACCAAAAUGCCAAACUUGGUUGGCCAUGAAUUGCAAACUGAUGCAGAGCUUCAACUUACCACUUUUACCCCUCUGAUCCAGUAUGGCUGUUCUAACCAGUUACAGUUCUUUCUGUGUUCUGUGUACGUCCCAAUGUGCACCGAGAAAAUAAAUAUACCGAUUGGUCCUUGUGGUGGGAUGUGUCUGUCUGUCAAGAGAAGAUGUGAACCAGUCCUAAAAGAGUUUGGUUUUGCUUGGCCAGACAGCCUUAACUGCAGCAAGUUCCCACCUCAGAAUGACCACAAUCACAUGUGCAUGGAGGGUCCUGGGGACGAUGAGGUCAACCUUCAUAGCAAGACGUCUCUGCAACCUGGAGAGGACUGCAAUUCAUUUGGGCCAAAUUCUGACCAGUACACCUGGGUAAAAAGGAGCACAACUUGUGUUCUUAAAUGUGGCUACAAUGCCGGACUCUACAGUCGAUUGUCUAAGGAAUUUACCGACAUCUGGAUGGCUAUAUGGGCCAGCUUGUGUUUUAUAUCAACUGCCUUCACCGUUCUAACAUUCCUUAUUGACUCAUCCAGGUUUUCUUACCCAGAACGACCCAUCAUAUUUCUGAGCAUGUGCUACAAUAUUUAUAGCAUUGCUUUUAUUGUGAGGUUAACUGUGGGUCGGGAAAGGAUAUCCUGCGAUUUUGAAGAGGCAGCAGAACCUGUUCUUAUACAAGAAGGUCUGAAGAACACAGGAUGUGCAAUUAUUUUCUUGCUAAUGUACUUUUUCGGGAUGGCUAGCUCCAUCUGGUGGGUUAUUUUGACAUUGACUUGGUUUCUCGCAGCUGGACUCAAAUGGGGACACGAGGCUAUUGAAAUGCACAGUUCUUAUUUCCAUAUUGCAGCCUGGGCUAUCCCUGCAGUGAAAACCAUAGUCAUCUUGAUUAUGAGACUGGUAGAUGCUGAUGAAUUGACUGGCUUGUGCUAUGUUGGCAAUCAAAACAUUGAUGCACUAACCGGUUUCGUGGUUGCCCCACUUUUUACCUAUUUGGUAAUAGGGACUCUGUUCAUUGCUGCUGGUCUUGUAGCUCUGUUUAAAAUCAGGUCCAACCUCCAGAAAGAUGGAACCAAAACGGACAAGUUGGAGAGACUGAUGGUAAAAAUUGGUGUCUUCUCUGUAUUGUACACUGUUCCGGCGACCUGUGUUAUAGCGUGCUAUUUUUACGAAAUCUCCAACUGGGCUGUUUUCCGUUAUACUGCUGAUGACUCCAACAUGGCUGUGGAAAUGCUCAAAAUUUUUAUGUCACUGUUGGUAGGCAUCACCUCCGGCAUGUGGAUAUGGUCAGCUAAGACACUGCACACAUGGCAGAGAUGUUCCAACAGACUGGUUAAUUCAGGGAAAGUAAAAAGAAAGAAAAGAGCUGAUGCAUGGGUCAAACCAGGAAAGGGCAACGAGACAGUCGUAUAGUCAAUGUAUCCAUGUAGCCUUCUUUUAUGUUGAAGGAGAAAUCUUGGUUUUCUGUUGUAAACCAAAUUUAUGUACAACCUCAUGGUUACUUGGAGAAGUAGAAUCUGCGGCUGGUUACGUUGUAAACAUCAGUUGGAUGUUCUGUUAAUAUCCAACCUAGGCUUCCUUUUUACUCAAGUGGUACAGUGGAAAGGUUGUAGCACAAGGUGAAGCCCGUGACCUCAGAAAGAGAGUAUAUGACUACCAUCUCAUCUAUGAUCUCUCAUCUUGUCUCCUUACCGCUGAGUUCUAUGUGAUAAGGAUUGUUUGGUAAAGCCCUAAUCUCCAUGACAGAGAUGCUGCUUUUCCGAGACAUGGGAUAAAAAGUCUGGGAAGCUAUUCACCAGGACGUCAUUGAACACAUUGCUGCGGAAGUGUUUUGCAACAUAUUGCAACUUACAAAUUAGAACCCCGGGGGAAUUUUUUUUAAUUUAAGCGCUUAUAUUUUUGCUAAAACACUAACAAACCACUGAACACUGGAUACUAUAAUUGGCUCAUAACUCCAUGGUGCCUUUUAAAAUUGAACUUUUUUUCUUUUUUUUUCGUAUUACUGCCUAAUCAAGUCUUAGUACAUGAAGUUUUCAGGACUUAGUUGUUCAUGAUUAGAGUAGCCAAACUUCUCCAGAAAAUGGGAGGAGAGGUGAGCUGGCCGACCCAGUACUAGAUUUUAGAAGUGAGUUUGGGGUUCUGAGGCGUAUCUACAUGUGUCUGUUACACAAUGCACUAAAACGGAAACUGGAUAGACUCCCACGAUAAAAGGAAUUAGAAAAGAAUGCACUAUUUGCUACCUGGACAGUUACAUUUUAGCUUUGUAAAUCGCAUGAACAUAAACUUUGAAGCAAGAAGGAACUAUUUAAAAAAUGAUGUAUUAUUACCUCGGAAGUUACAACUCUGCUAGGUUAAUCACCGUUAACCUAGAGGUUUCCAACUCUUGGUGGGAUUCAGCAUUCAUGAAUCUUUUAGUGAACAAUAUGUUCAUUAUAGGAAAUUAAUGAAUCUCACUCAUUACCAGGGGUGAGGUGGAUGCUUUGGCAAGUAAAAAGGAUAAUUCAAUGUACCUGGCAGAAAACAUACAGGGUUUUCAACUAAAGGGAAAAUUAAAAGUGAAUUUCAAAUUUAAGGUAAAAAAGUUUCCAGUUCGGCUACUUUGGCAUCAAAUUUGAAAUUCAUUUUAAAUCCACUUUGAAUUCUCAAAGUGAAUUAAAGAAAAUACAGCACUCAAUUCUUUGACUCUGAAAUAGCCAACAUGAUACAUGUUUUGUUUAACCACAAAAAAAGUGAUACCUUUUGGGACUCAUUCACUAAAUAGUUCAUUGACGUGCCUUAUCUGAUUUGAAACGUUUUCACUGGCAACAUACCUCUGUUCAGCAUUUAGUGAAUUACCUUUUGCAUACGGUCAGGGCUCGAGUCCUGCAGGAACGCGUGGGAACAUCGUUCCUGCACUUUUUCCACAGCAGGAACGCCGUUCCCGUUAGUGGUCCUGCAGGGACUUGUUUGCCCGUGAGGCAAACAAGGCAUUUGCCUUGUUAGCCUCGCUGGCGGGCGGGCGGCGAGGGAGCGCUGAUCUGUGAGCUCUCCCUGCUCAGUUACCUUGCGCACCGCAGAGUGAUGCACGGAGCCGGAAUAUGACGUCAUAUUCCGGCUCUCUGCAUCAAUCUGCGGCGAGGGAGCUGAACAGGGAGAGCUCACAGAUCAGCGCUCCCUCGCUGCCCACCUGGACCUUAACUGCCCACACAGACCACCCAGCCCCACUGGACCUCAGGUAAAGAAAGAGCUGGGUGAUUUUAAAAAAAAGUGUGUGUGCCCCUACCCACUUCACUACCCUCCUACACACCUCACAGCCCCUUUACCCACCAUACAG